AUGGAAUUCAACCCUGGUGCAGAUUUAACUCUUUUCAAUGACUCCGAUGAUGAUUUUCUCAAUGAUGGAAUGUUUAAUGAAUUUGCAUCUGAAAGCAGUAUCGUGUUACCUUCUAACUUGCCAAAAUUAUCUCCGAGGAAAUCUUGUCCCAGUAAAUUCACAACAAAAUCUCUUCAUCCCACAAAAACAACAACAGUAGUAGCUGAAAAUAAUCAUACAUCGAAUAAAAGACCUCCUUCUAAACAUCGUAAACUUCCAGGUCCUGCAGGUUUACUACCGAAGCUUCAUGAGCAAACGAAUCAUAAACAGCGUUCAUCAGUGAAAUUAAAAUCGCCUAAAAGGAAUAAAGAUAAUCCCUUGUUUGAUUCACCUGAAAGAUGUUCGCUAUCAACAUCAUUAUCUGAAAGUCAGUCUACGUCUAGUCAAGGCGAAGAAGCUGCUUUACUUAAUCGAGUCCAACUGGAAUGUGGUUCAACUGUAUGGUCAGUUAUCGAAAAAUAUUCUAUAAAAGGAAUCUUAAAAAUGAUUACAUCUAAUCAGUUACCAAGAGGUAAAAUACCAGUGAUGUGCGGCUUUCUUGAUGAGAUAGAACUACUACCAACUGAUGCUAAAGCUUUACUGAAAGAUAAUUCAGGAGUUCUAGGUUGUACAAUUCAUCGUUCUGUUAUCAAAGAGUAUAAAAAUUAUCUAGGCUGUUGUUCUUUACUACUGCUAAAACAGGUUAGUAUUUUCAGUCCAACUGGCAAAAAAUUCUACGCUAAUAUAACACUUUCAAAUAUUGUGAAAAUUUACACUCCUGAAAAUGCCAUCCCUAAUUCUUCAUUAAAUGGUCAACAUGCACUGGCGAACUUUCCUCCUGCUUCCCCGCUAUCUAUACCUGAAGUAGAAACUUUAGAAGCUGACUGUUUGAGACCUCCAACACCACCGUCGUCUUCUAACAGAGUAUCACUGUCUCCCAUCUCUAAACCAGUUUCCUCUUAUCGAAUACAACCACAAGUUAAAAAGUCAACAUUCACUACAACUUCUGAACAAAUAACUUCAAAGAAUUUCACUCCUCGAUCAAUUAAAUCGCCUGGUGGUGGUUUAGGCGCAUUAUUAAAGUGUACUUCACUUCCAGUGAACAGUGUACCGACGAAUUGUGAUAAUAAUAAUAAUGAUGAUGAUGUUGAUAAUAAUAGUAAUAAUAUCAAUUUUGAUCAAAUCAGUUUUAGCCCACUUGUCAAUACAGGGGAUGAACCGCACAAUACUACUGCUAAUACUACUAUAACUAAUACUACUUCAAUGGAUACAACUGGUCUCUUAGAAGAUGAUAUGGAUGAUUUAUUGUCCAGUAUAGCUGAUGAAAUUCCUUAAUGUCGACAAGCACCAGUAGCACAGAGGAGUGGAUUGCAUAUCUACAGAACAAGAGGAAUGUAUCGGAAAUGUACUCUUAAGAUUACCGCUAUACAUCUGGCUAUUUUUUUUCAGACAAUAAUCUUCUGCUUCUUUGCAUAGUCUUUAUUAUGAUUAACUAUUGUGUUUGUAUAUAUCAUUGUAAAUAAAUAAGUGGGAAUGAA